AUGCUCAAACUUUUUCUGGGAUUUUCAUUAAUCGGGCUGUUUGUGGCGUUCGACCUGAACCUGUGCGACACGAAGAAGACGAUCCAGUGUGAGCUGUGGGAGACGUGUUGUCCUGGCAAGGGCGGGACUUACGGAGUUACACAAAUGCGCUACUGGGGGCUGCUCGGGCUCGUCGCCUGGCUGCUCUUUGGCCAGCUGAACGGUGGCCAACGUCGUCGAGGCCCAGUCGGCGGGCUGAACGAGUUCCAGCUGAAAUUCGGCAAGAUGUCCGCCGAGAAGAAGCAGAAGGCCCACCAGGAGCUGAUCUCGGCCGCCAAGCUGAACCACGACACAGUCGUCGCCAAUAUCGCCAAGUACAGAAGCCCCGUGUUCGUCAAGGACAACAAACAGAUGAAGCUGAAAAACACGGCGGCCGAGAAGGACCAGUACGAGUACGGGCCCGGGUCGAUUGUUGACCAGCAGAUGCGAGACUACGCAUUCAUCCAGGCACCACUCGACGAGAAGACGGCACUCGAUCUGUGGAAGACCGUUUGGCAGAACGGUCGCUUCGUGGUGAAGUGCAAGAAGAAGGGGGGCGAGGGCAAGAAGGGGUUCACCAUCUACGAGUUGACCGUCGUUGGACCACCCGAUGAGGACAAAAAAGGCGAAGAGAAGGGCGGUGGCGCCGACACGGAGGAGCGCCCGGUGACGCUGCUCCACUUCGAGAAGUGGGCGCCGGAGAAGCGGAUGGAUGGGGAGAACGUGUUCCAUCUCGUCAUCGAACUGCACAACCGCACCCAGCAGGCCAAACUCGCUCACCCGCACGGAGCGCAGUACGUCGUCUUCUUCAAGCUCAGAAAGAGGGCAGCCACUCAUCAACAAGAGAACUGCUACCGCAGCCUCCCAGGGCCGACGAGCCGCCCCGAGUUGCCGGCCAUCCACCUGAAGACGUACAUCGGCGCGACGCCGGCCUG